UUUUCAAGGAAAGGGAGGCUGCUUCUUGCUGUGCCGGCUUCACGAUGCGGCGGUGUUGGUAAGACGCCUCGACAAAUGUGUCAUGGGCUAGUGCGAUUGAAUGCCCGUUGAUAGCAUGAUCCUACAAGCCAUGAUAGCCCCCUGUCAUGAUUUCUAUCAGAUAUUCGUACAUUAGAGGGCGACGCUUGAAAUCAUGGGUCAUUCUACCCCAAGUCUUCCUCUCGUUCAAUCUUCUCGACACCAAUACUCUGGAUUACAAACACCAACAAUUGAAAUUUUCCUACAUUGAACAUCACUAUGGAAAAAGACAGUGAAGAUUCUCAAGUGCCCCUGCUUGAUGAAAAAUCCGAGAGCAAUAACAUGAGCCCUACUGUGGCGUGCCACUGUCGCAAUGCCUCUACCCCUAUUCGGCCGUGGACAAAGGGAAUUUUAUUCGCAACAUUCUCUUUACUGGCAUACAUUGCGGUUCUAUUGACGAUAGUUGUUGCAACCGGUUCCAUUCACCAACUAUCGAAGGAGCAAUUUCAGCCAAUGCGUGAUCGCUUCACACUACCAAGAGACCUUCUAGAGUUCGAAGAGAGACAAGGCUGGUACCCGCUUCAGUUUCCAUGGAACCAGGGACCUUCUGAUGCACUUGACAAGAUAUGGGGAGAUAUGCUAUAUGCACUUAAUAUACGGAUCAAGAAAGAAGAGGUAGAGUUCCUUGGUUUGAAUACGACAAAUCGCGUCCAACUCAAUGGCGGCGACUAUCUGGGUGUGAUAGGUGGUUACCAUCACCUUCACUGUCUCAACAACAUGCGCAUCGCGAUACAUUGGGACUACUACAAAGAUAAGUACGGAAACUUCAGCCGCCAGGAAGUUUUCAGCAGGGAACACUCAGAUCAUUGUAUCGACACUCUUCGCCAAGCCCUGAUGUGCCAUGCAAAUGCUGAGGUUCAUACCGCAGAAUGGCUAGACAGAGCCCACGAGCUAGGAGACAAGGAAUUGAGCGGACAAUCUACAACUACGUGUUUAAAAUGGGAAAGCUUAGACAAGUGGGCGCGUCCUAGGGCCCUCAGGGCGGGAGAGUAUUCUUUCAGACCAGGUCCUUACUAUGGGAAAGUUUACGACCAUCAAGGGCCGAAUACUGAAUGAUGGCGUGGCUCAUCGGAUUGAAAUCGGCGAAUAUAGGUUACAUGGCUUCACAUGUGUCUGGUUUGGCGUAUAUCAUGAGAACUUCAAGAAGCCUAUCUAGGGUAUUUCCCUGCGUUCUCAUAUCGCCAGGAUCGAUACCUAGCAGUUUUCCAAGAUAUCCAAGGGUUGGAAGUUCUAAAGACUAGGACCGUAAAUGUUAUCGCGACAUAGCCCCGGAUCUGUGUACGACAUGUUCUCUUUAAAUUGGGGGUCGUAAAGCCGACCUACCAGACGAGGCGUGUACGUAGACGCAACCCCAAAGAUGUUGGUGUGACUGUACGACACCGUGCAUAUAACUUACAUCAAUUAAAUUGAUCGUAUUGAUACCUCGCAUAAAAACCCGUACCAUCCGAUAUCUCUCUGGAAAAAGAAAGUGCAGGCGCCCAUGUUUCA